AUCAAUCCAUGUGUUUAUUGUUUUGAAACAGAAUUUAAUUGAUGGGUGUUCAAUUCAAUGAUACAUAAAUUCUAUUCUAUGUAUGUACUAAUAAACUCAACAAAAUGAAAAGCAAACCAGUAAAACAUAAAACUACAAAUACAUUUCGGUUUGUUCCAUUUGCUGAACGAAUAAAUGCCAUAGAUAUAAGACAUGCUGCCCUCUACCACAUUGAGCAUGCAUACACAAGACAACCUGAAGAAAACGAGACUCACUUCCAUUUGGCCCUUCAAAAAUGGAAUGUUCUAAAUUUGACUGAAAACUUUAAGAAAUUUAGGAAAGAAGUAUUGGGCAUAGUGACAGUGCCACAGUUGCUACAUAAGAAGGAAGAAGUUUUAGAAGCUUUGGAAAAAUAUUUAAAAUUAGAAGACCAGUUAUGUUUGCAGCCCUUGCUAGAAAUAUUGGUUUCAUUAGCAAAGGAUCUAAGGAAUGAUUUCUACCCACACUUUCCAAGAUUUUUGGAUAUACUUAUUGUACUUUUGAACACAAAGGAUGCUGAGAGACUAGAAUGGACUUUAAUCUGUCUUGCUUUCCUUUUUAAAGUUUUAAAACCAUAUUUGAAAAAGGACAUAGCCAUUGUUCUAAAGAAAAUAAUACCAUUGUUGAGUGAAAGUCACCCACAGUAUAUUAAUAAUUUUGCAGCGGAGAGUUUUGCUUUUGUUGCUCGUGAUAUUAAGGAUAAGAAGAAAUUCAUAGACCUAAUAUUGAAUUACCUGAAAACAAAUGAAGAUGCCAUAUCAGGGUGCGGUCACCUAGUUUUCGAAAUAUUGAGGGGAGUGAGUGGAAAGUUUCACAGCUGCAUAGAAACAUUCCUCCCUGUUUUAUUGACUUCCCUAAAAGAUGACGAGGACCACCAGGGGAUAUUGUUCAAAGUACUCACACAGUCCCUUGAAGACAGCUUACAGACCAUCUCACCAAAGGAAUACAAUAUAUUUUGGACAUGUAUUUUAAAAUUCACUGAAGACAUACUCAAGGAAGAUGAUGAGCAUAUCAAGGGCUUAGAGUACAUAUUAAGACUUGCUGGACAGGUCAUUGAACAUGAACAUGGAAAAUAUUUAACAAGUCCCCCUCAGUUUGUUCUUCUAUUGGUAAAAGUAAUAUGUGAACAGACUGCUGAGAAUGUUCUAGAAGUUUGUGCGCAGAUUGGUGCGCUGUUACUUCUUUCGCCCAAAGUGUCACUUUCUCAAGAACAUGCUGGCAUUAUUGUCAAAGUCUUACUGCCUUUACCAUACCCCAGCAUUCUGAUAAAUUUUGUCAAAAAUGUGAUUGAUUACCCCCAAUUUGACAUGCACAUUUUGCCGCCGUUCUUAAAUUUCGUCGUACAAUCAAAUUUUGAUAAUGAAGCUAUGAGUACACUAACUAAAAUCUGUGUCAGGAAAUCUCCAUUAUCCAAGAAUGGUAUAAAACUAUUUGAGUGGGUCAAAUAUCCCCUUGAUUUUGACAAGUGUUUACCAAUGUUCAUGGAAUACUUUGAUAGUGUUAUAAAUGAUAACAUAGAGAAUAUUGUGGAGCACCCUACAAAACUGAUGAAUGUGCUGUUUUGUUUGCCUCAUGUUGAGAAAGUAAAUGUUAACCAUUGCAUCACAAGUAUAAAUGGCCUUAUAUCGAAACUGUUGAAUGUUUUAUCAAGUUACAAUCUCGAGAAUCAGCCUGAUCAUAAUAAGUUCCAUUGUGACACAACAGCAUUGUCACGCUGUACUAGGUUGGUGCUUUUCAUAAUUGUGAAUGCAAUGGAAAGUGCGAUUCAUAUAUCGAGUUGUAAGAAAUUGAACGAGAUCUGUGAUAUUGUUGUGUUACUGCCAAUGAUAUUACCUUGCGCAGCAGACCCUAAUUAUUUGGCAGCUUUACACUUGUUGGAUUUGUAUCUGACUGCUUAUGAACAUGAUAAUGGAUUGAAAUACUCACAACUUACCUUGGUGGAUUUGUAUUUGAGGAACAAUGUGUCUUCGCCAUUUCACAUUGUUCGACUUCUAACUACCCACAUUUACAAAUUGUUUGAAAAUGUUGAAGAGUUAAAUAAAACUGUAGAAGUUGGUGGGUCAGAAGAAAGGUUUGAAAUUUUCAGUAGGUGUUUUACAGUUGAGUCUACAAAUCCAUCUAUUCAAGAGUACAGAAGCCAAAUUAAUAUGUUACAAAAAAUGGCGUUCAACACUACACAAUAUGUUUUAGCUAAGGAUACUGAUUUUAAAUAUUUUGCCCUAAAUUAUAUGCUCGGAGUUUUAUACUUCAACUUCAAAUUACUCUGGGAACCAGUGUCAGAAUAUAUUGCGGGAUAUGGCAAUGCUUUGACUGUUGAUGAAUUCUGGCCAACAUUUUACAAAGCCUUGGAAACGUCUUUCGCUAACGCUAAAAAGGAUUUGAAGAAGUUUCAAUUUGAUGAUGAAAUUGAUAGAAAUAAUAUUCAUCUAAAAGAAUUGUAUGCUGAGUUCAAUAGUAUUUUUGAGAGACCAGAUUUGUAUAACUAUAGGAAUCUUUUGUUGAAAAUAAUGACAAAUUGUAUACAACCAUGUGAAGCAAGGAAUCGUGAUGUUGUUGUUUUGUUCCUCAAUUUUAUUGAAGAAGAGUAUAGAAAGAAUGAUAACACGAACGCUCUGAAAAUAGAUAUCGAGCUUAGAAAUAAUACUCAAAUGGAAGUUGAUGAAGAAAAACCUGGUGAAGAAAAUAUUGAAGAUCAGGUUGAAUCAAUUGAAGAAACAACAGAAACAGUUUCUGGCAAAAUAAUAUUUAAAACUCUUAUAAAUAUUAUGCAAGUACUAGCUCAAUUAAAAAAUCCCAGAGCUCUCCAUAAAGAACCAGUGUUUUGGGAACUUUACAUGGAGUUUUUGAAACACAAGAAUCCUGGUCUUCAAAAAUAUGCCUUAGAUUGUGUUCUGAAUUAUAAAAACAAAAGUGUUACGCCAUAUAAAAAUAAUUUGCAGAAUUUAGUUGAUGAGAAUAAGUUGAAAGAUGAGCUUACAUUGUUCAAAAUUACUGAAGAUUCCAAAAGCAUUCAACCGGAAGAUAGAGAGCAUGUAGUACCUAUUAUUUUGAGGAUAUUGUAUGGAAAGAUGACGUCAAAGUUAGGAGCAGACAAAAAAGGAGGCGGUCAAACUAGGAGGUCACUAGUUAUGAGGUAUUUGGCAGGUUGUAAUGAAAACGAGCUGAAAAUGUUUAUAGAAAUGGCAUUUUCUCAAUUCAAGCAAUUUAUGUCUAUAGAACCCAAUGAAAUCCUAAAUAAUAUGAUGUCGACUUUAGAUCUUAAAUCUGUUACAAGUCCUGGAAAACUUCAUAGUGUUUUAAAUUUGUUUGAAGUUGUCCGAGAGUAUUUCGGAGGUUACAUGAAAGAUGAACUGCUUGGUCAAUUAUUUAAAGUUUUCUAUGCAGUAUGUUCUACUGUUGCAAGCGUAUUAGCUCAAGGAGAAAGAGUCCAUAUUGCAUAUACGAAAGUCAUGAAAAACCUUAGAACACUUUCAUUAGGAACACUCAGAAAAUUGUUUGAACAAUUUGAUAAGUAUCCAUGGAGCAAAGAUGAAUUGCAAUUAUUAUUUGAAACAUUGCUUUGGCCUACAAUACCUAAACUUCAUAUUGAAGGGAUACAUAGCCCAACAGCGUUGUUGAAAUUAUUCAACGAAUGGUGUCAAAAUCCCAGGAAUUAUAUAUUAUUAAUUACUUGCUCAAAGGAAGACAAUACAUUAAGUGCCUUACCAGCUAUAUUUAAGUUACUUUUAGCUCCUAAAACAACUCCGGGCGUCGUCAACAUGAUUCUUGAUAUGAUAGAGAAGCUAUUAACUUUAACUGAGGAUGAUGAAGAAAAAGAUAUACCAGCAAUUGAAACAUUUAGUGCUUUAUCAUUUGAUAGAAGUAUGGAGACUGAUGCGCCACUUAACAUCAACUUUGGAAGUAAAAUUCUGAUUCCACAUAUACCUGAUAUUUUGGAAGUGAUGAAACGUCGUAUUGCUAAUUCAGCUAAGUCAAAUACAGUGAAUAAGAGAGAUUUACUUAUACUUUCAAGAGUGACAGAACUGGUAUCAACUCCAGAACUUUGUGACGAGUUACUAAAUUUACUGCUUCCCAUAUUAGUAAGAAAAGUAUGUAUGAAUAUGGCAGAAGAAAAUAUGGAGCAUGCUGUAACGACAAUAAUAAAUCUGCUAGGCCAUAGCACGAACCCAAAAAUUUAUAUUAAAAAUAUAGCAGUUUUAUUCAAUAGAGUGUCACUGGUUGAUGUUAGAAAACUACUUAUUAAACUUCUUUUUUCUAUAGCUGAAAAUGCGAAAGACAAUAAGGAAACACUAUCUCGGCUAGCUAACAUAGUUUCCGAAAUGAAUGCAUUUAAUGCAAGAUGGAUAGAACAGCCUGAUUUUGAUAGAAGGCUAGAUGCUUACAAACAAAUAUAUAAAUUAGCAGAAACAAAUGACAUUGAUGUGGAUCUAGCAAUAUUGAUAGUUAAUAAUUGCUUUUAUUUCAUUCGUACUGAGAAAGAUAUUGGUUUGCGCGAUGGUGCUGGGCUAUGUCUGAAGAGGAUUUUACCAAAAUUGAUGUCCAAGUAUUGGUCGACAAAUGACGGUCAAUUUUUAGUACGCGAUACAGUUUUGUCACUUAUAUCUACGGGCAUAAGGGAUUCUAAGAAUGAGAUAAUUCGAAAUGAAAGUUUAGCUUUGCUUGGGGAGCUUGCAAGGGAAUGUCCAGAAGCAGAUGUCGUCCUUUCUGAUCUAGCUUAUCUAACAAAUAAAGAAGAUAUAGAGGUUGAUUUCUUUGAAAACAUGUGUCACCUGCAAAUGCAUAGACGCGUUAGAGCACUAAUGAAAUUCUGUAAAGUAGCGAAGAAAAUGAUAAAGUGCCCGACACCCAGGACUUUGACGAAUUUCAUAUUGCCAUUAGCAACGACUUAUGUAUGUGAUGAUAAAUAUACAGACAAGAAUACAUUGAUUGAUGCUUGUAUUGAAGUGAUUUCUACAUGCUGUCGAUUACUCCCUUGGUAUCACUAUGAGGUGAUAUUAAAACUGUAUCUGAAUAAAAUGCGCCAUUCCACUGACCAUCAAAAACAGCUUACACGUAUUUUGAUAGGCAUCAUAGACGCGUUCCAUUUUGAUUUUUCCAAAGUGAAAAGUAUUGAAUUGCCUAAAGCAUUGGUUUCAAACAUGGAAUCGGGAAAAGUUGAAAUUAAGGUGAAUACUGACGAUAGCGCUCAAGAGAAAGAUGUUAAUGAAGGUCAGGAUGUUGAUAAAUCAGUUCAAGAUGUAAAUGAUAAAGAAGCUAAUUUAGAAGGAAAUAUAGAAUCUGAGUUGAAGGAAGCAGAUAACGAGGCCGAAAAUGACGAAAGUAUUAAGGAAGUUAGUAAUGUGCCGGCGUUCGAGAGAGUCACUUGUGUAUCGCCUUCUGUUGCUAAGAGAAUUAUUAAGUCACUUUCAGCUGGUUUGCUACCUCAGUUGCAUAGAGCAAUAGGCAAGAUGACCGACCACGAGGAGUCGCACAAGGUGAACAGACGACGCACCGGUCUAGAGAGACAGGAGGAGGACAUGCUGCGAGUGCCCAUUGCCUUGGCGUUGGUGAAGCUGCUGCAACAGUUGCCCGGGGAUGUGUUGAGGCAUCAGUUACCUGGGAUCAUAAUUAAGUUAUGCUCAUUCCUGAAAUCUCCGUUGAAGCAAGUCAGAAUAGCGGCUCGUGAUAUCGUUAAGAAAGUGAUGGUCACAGUUGGCACCGGUUAUUUGAAAAUACUGCUUGAACAUCUCACUUUAUUACUCACAAAAGGAUUCCAAGUUCACGUUCUUGUUUCCACGAUACACACUGUAUUAGAUGCGUUGAAAUCAGAUUUCAAAUCUGGCGAAUUAAAUGAUAGCAUUCAAUAUAUCCUCGAUGUGUGUACUAAUGAUCUAUUUGGAGUGUUAUCUGAAGAGAAGGAAGUCGACAAACUACAUUACAAAACGCCCGAAGCGAAGCCUAGUAAAAAAAGUUACGUGACACUCAUGAUUGUAUCACAGAAUAUAACAGAAAACUGUCUAAUAAACUUAUUGCUACCUUUCAAAGAAGUAUUACAAAAACAUCACUCGAAGAAAAUCGUUGUUAAAGUUCAAGAGGCCCUAACUCAUAUAUCUAGUGGAUUAGUGACCAAUAAGUUUAUAGAUAUCGAAUCUUUAUUCAUAUUUCUACAUGGUAUUGCGUCAGAAAGUAUACCAGAAUUCGUUUUACACGCGCCGAAGAGAGAAAUCACUGAGGCGCAAAAGGAGAAGAUGUUGAGAGCAAAACCCGAUUGUUUUAUUAUUCCUGAAACGCCAAAACGUAAUAAAGAAAGUCAAGCGAAGCACGUUAAAACUUCUAGUAAAGCUAACGCUCAUGUGUUGGUUGAAUUCAGUUUGAAUAUACUGUAUGUUUUGCUUAAAAGAGAAAAGGUUCCAAGAAUGGAUUGUAGAGCGUUUGUGGAUCCAUUGAUUCCUUUGUUAGUCGAUUCAUUGAAGAGCGACCAUGUCAAAGUAACAACGGUGGCUAUGAAAUGUAUCGCUACAUUGUGGACUAUUAGAGUUAGCACGCCGACUUUGGAAGAAAUGACCGAAGAUAUUGUGAAGACAAUUUUCUUGAUUCUGCAUAAGUACGCGACAUUUGAAAUAAGCAAGCAGAAUGAUAAUUUUCAUCUUGUGAGGAAUGCUUUCAAGGCUAUAACAGUGCUCAUUCGCAACGUGAAAUACCAUCGUUUGGACAACGACCAACUCAAAACACUGCUGCUAUAUGCCGAAGAAGACUGCCAAAAUGAUGAUAGACAAGCCAAUUCGUUUUCUUUACUAAAAGCGAUACUCGAGGCGAAGUUGAUAUCGAAUGAGCUGCAUGAAGUUAUGGAGAAAGUGUCGAAGAUUUGUAUACUGAGCGAGUCCGCUAGGUCUAGGGACGAAGCCCGCGGUAUAUUCGUGUCUUACCUGACCAACUAUUCUCCAGGCAAACGUAUGGACAAAUACAUACAGUUCUUCGUGUCUCAACUUAACUAUGAACUACAACAUGGUAGAGAGUCCUCACUCAAGUUCUUAGAGAUGAUUAUCAGUAAGCUAUCAGAGCAAAAUCUGUCAAUUCAAAGUGACUACCUACUCCUCGCUCUUGGCGCUUCGAUGUUAAACGACAGCGCUCCGGAAUGCCGUUCAGCCGCUGCGGGAUGUAUCGAGGCGAUGUUAAAGCGGCUUCCACUGCUUCAAAGGAACAAAUUGUUCGAUCUUGUACUGAAAUUCUUUGAGGAUAAACAGCCAGUACACUUCGAACUCGCUGCUCAACUGAGCACGCGAUUCGUAAACGUCGAAGAGGAAGAAUUCAAAAAUCGCCUCAACAUAGUCCUUCCCAUUGUUAGUGGCAAAAUAUUAUUACUAGGCAACGAUAUAACCGAAGGUAGAUUCGUCAAAAUACAACUGGAACAAUCCGAUGAUAAAACAGACGAGGAAAAACAGAAAGAGAAAGACCACAGUCUAAUACAAAUGUUGAAUUUAAUAGAAAAAAUCACUGUUAGUUGUCCGUCUACAUUGAAAAAUAAUAAGUUUUUAAGCGAUUACGACGAUUUAGCGCAGCAAUGUCAAGUGUUAUUGGCUUAUCCCCACGCGUGGGUGAGAUUGAAAGCGGCAAAAAUACUUGGUGCUGUUUUAUCGACGGUCGAUCCUGCUGAUUUGGAUUUGGUUGUUAGAAAAAAGGUGGAUAGUGAAAGAGGUUUCUUGUAUUACGAUACGGAGGAUAAGAUAAGAAGUAUAGUGUUGGAUUUGUGUGCGCAGUACACGCCCGCGAUUACACAAGAAAUGGCUGAACAGGUCACGACAGUAUUGUUCUUAAUUCUGAAACUGGUUCAUUCGAUGUCUAGCUUUAAACUGACAGACAAAGCUCGGAUAGAAGAAGAUCAAGCAGAAACUACGGCUAAAGUUAACAUUCGUUGGAUUCUGUUCAAACUGAGGAAAGCGGUCAACGUAGAAGUUGCUAAGGCUCCGAAUUCUAUGAACAUUAGAUCGUCAAUAUUCACCAUGUGGAUGCAUCUAAUCAGCUCAUUGGAGACCGAAGUUCUUCACAAAAUUAUAGACGUGAUCCUACCGCCGCUAGUGAGAGAACUAUCUACAGGGGAUCCCCUAUCCCCUGCUUCUGUGGCCAAACAACUAGCUAGCAGACUUGGCAAGAAAUUAAGGAGGAAAAUAGGGGAUCUGGAGUAUAGCAAGAUGGUCGCCGAUGUACAGACGAGGUUGAAUAUCAGAAGGGCUGAGAGGAAAAAGUUACUCCUCCAAGAAAAGGUGAAUAACCCCGAGAAGGCGGCUAAGCGUAAACUUCAGCUGAAAGAAAAGAAGAAGCAAUCUAAAAAGAUGAAAUUGGAAAUGUUACACGGCAAGAGACCGCGGCCCAAGAAGAGGAAAGCUGAGGAAAUUGAUAUUGAAGAUCAGUUAUUGAAAGAUGAUAAUUGAUAGAUUAGUUCCCUUUACUUUAUGUAAAGACACGUGAAUAAUUUUUUAAACUUGUAAAUAUUUAUAAGACUGUUAUCUUUUAUAAUAAUAAACGUUACCUAUUCUA